AUGGCAGCGCUUCCACCGUCCGCGGAUGUUUUUCACUUGGAGCGCCGCCGCCUCGAAGAAGCGGCCGCGGAUCUCCGCAGUUUGUUGGCGGAGAAAAACGAACAGCUCUCCGAGCAAUGCGCCAAGUGUGCGCACGAAGAAGAGAAACUCCUGCGCUCGAAGUAUCUGGCUGAGUUUGAAGAGAUCUCACUACAGAAAGAUGCCUUGAAAGCAAAGCUGGAGAAGAACACCAGCGAUUUGGAACAUCAGGAGAUGGACUUGAACCGUGCAGAAGAGCGCAAAAAAGCGGUGGAAGAAUACCAGAGCCAUCUAAGGUUGACAGAAGGUACUAAGAAUGAUCUCGUAGCCCGUAUUAGUCAGUUGAAGGCAAAGCAGCGCGGUGCUACAGAGAGUUUGAAGUCUCAAAUGUGUCAUGUCUUGGAGGCUCAUCAGAAAGAGGAGGCAAAACUUUCGCAGAAACUCCGUGGGCAAGAGGAAGCCCUUGCACGGAAUGAGGCAUGUGCUACAGCCGAUGUAUUGCAAGGUAUGACUCCUCAAGAGAGUUUAGCCGCAGACCUCAAGCAUCAGCUUUCUGCAAGUCAAGAGAAAGUCGCAACUUUGGAAGCAUCAGUUGAGUCCAUGCAAGCUCUGAGUUUUCAAAAGGAGAUGAGAGUGGAGGAAAUGAUUGAGGCUUGUGACACUGCAUUGAAACAAAAGGCCUUGCAAAGAGACAUUGCAGAGAAGGAAGCCACGGAGCUCCAAAAGGGAGAGCAGAGUGUGAAGGCGGCGACUUUAGAGAUUGAGCGCCUACAAGAAGCCAAUGCCCUCGCGAAAGACUUACAAGAAAAGCUACACACAUCAGGCCUGGUUGUAACGGACAUGAGAGCUGCAGUUUGUCAGGACAAGGCACCGGAGGAAGAGUGGAUUUCAGAGAAGAUGAGGCUCCAGGUUGAAAUUCGGAAGUUGGACGAGGUCUGUUUUGGGAUGUAUUUGUCGGACCUGGCGGAAUUUCUUGCACUGCAGCUGCAAUUUAUGACGACAGCUGGAGAGAUUUCGAAUGCUUUGUCUGACUGCGAGAUGCAAGCCAAGGAGCAGAGUUUGCAGGUUGAGACAAGUCGAGGGCCGUAUCAACUCGCGUUCAAACUGUCUGACAACCCACUGGUGAGGAAUUGCGCAUGCGGAUUUCGCAGCCGGGAACUCAAUCAUUUGGCUCGCCCUGAUUUGGGGCAACUCCAGUCGGUCUUUGAUGCGAAGGGAAGGCGACUGCGAAUGCUGUCCAGCCUCGUUCAG